AGCUGUAGUUUCAGUUUAAUGACGUGAUAUUUUUGUCACUAUUUUACUUGGAAGUUUAAAAUGACGCUCUGUACUGUUUCAUAUAUGCAAAACGGGGAUAUGAUAAAAUAGAAUUUUCGUAAAUUAGUCUUAAACACGUAGAAAAGGGAAUUUGUGGAGGGACCAUGGCGGCAUCACCGGAGUCCUCUUUGUCAUGGUGCCUGGCUCAAAUCUCUAGACCUGGCUCUGGAGCAGAGCAUCAUGGUAAUAACAAGACAGACACGAACAAAGGCAAAGAACUGGACAAGAGGUCCAGAAUAUCUCAGUGGCGAGCCCUGGUUGCCAUUCGCACACAACACAUCAAGGGAGACAAAGCUGGCAUUGCCAGGUUCAGGACUCAAGGUGGUCUUGAGCCAUUGCUGGACCUACUGAAACAGCCAGAGUGUUCCAAAAAAACACUGGAUUUGGCUCUGAGCAUCCUGGCUAACUGCUGCACUGAAUCUCAAACAUGCAUAGAGGUUCGCAAGCUUGAUGGAAUAACUAUCGUAGUGAGUAUCCUGAAAAGAAAUGUAGCCCUGGACAGCGUUCAGAAUCGAGCAGCCCGGGCUUUGGGAAACCUGGCCAUGGAUUCACAGAACUCUGCACUUAUCCACUCUGCUGGUGGCGUUCCUCUUCUUCUUCUCUGUGUCUCCGUUUCUUCCACCUCGUCCUCCCCCACCACCGUUCCCUCCAAAGACACCUGUCCUAAACUAGAGUGUGCCCAGUCAGCAGCUCGUGCACUCCUCUACCUCUCAGAUACUCCCUCUAACCGCCUGUCUUUACUCACCCAAGGAACCUUAUCUGCUCUUGCUCCUCUCAUUGCUCCUGAGUAUCCACAAGGGCUGAGGCGGGCAGCACUCAGGACCUUACAUGAACUGACUCGGGGUUGCGGUGUCGAAUGUGCCAGGGAGGUGUCCCGAUCUGGUAUCCUAGCCCAACUUGGUGUCAUGGCUUCAGGGGAGUCUGGAAAAUCUUAUGAGGAAUUGGCCCUGAAAACCCUUGCCAACAUUUGCUCUCAAGGUUGCCUGAGACCCCUGGUGGGGUCACUGGGAGUCAUUCAGAAGUUCACGGAGGAAGUUAGAAAGGACCUGCAGAAGUCUGGGGUCUUCCUCAAGGCUCUUUGCAUGUGCUGCAAGGAGGCAGUCAACAGAGUCAAGGUGAAGGAGAGUGGUGGCCUGGAGGUGCUGACCAGCUUCUUGUCUACACAGCAGGGCCAUCCACUCUCUCGACUUGUCAUUCUGGCUUGUGUCGACUUUGUGUUUGAUGAAUCUGCAAUGGAACAAUUACAAGAGUUAGGGCUGGUCCCUCUGCUAGUGGCACGUCUGGUUGAUCUCACCAAAGGAGAACAAUCUACCGAGAAGAUGGACACAAGUCCAUUAAACAUGUCUCCGACUGAGCUCCUGCCUCCAUCAUGCUUUGAAUCUUUUGACUUUCCUCCUCCUGAGGGUCACAAAAAGGAAGACGCUGUCAGGGAACAAGGCCUCUGUUCAUCAAGUUUUCAAAGUCUGAGGUCCUGGUUGGUAUCUGAGGGACUGAUAUCUUCAGAAGGAGAUCUGCCAGAUUCAUCCGGCGUUGAUGUUGAAUGUGAAAGUCCUCAGCUUCUACAAUCCUCAUCCCCAAACCCUUAUUUAAAUCAUCUUAAAAGCCCCUCCUCCUCCAUGAACACUUCUGUGUCUACUUGUAAAAAAACAGCCCAGCCUUUUUCAGUGUCACCCUUGGAUAAAGUCCCUGAUUUGACUACAUCUAGUCCUCAGUCCCCUGGUUCACUCACAAGCCAAAUCAACCACUGUUCCUCUGCUGCCUCCUCUCCCACUGAAACACCUGUGAUGGCAUCAAAGUUUUCAUCUCCUCAACGACGGAGGCAGCGGACACACUCAACAACAUCACUUACCAAAGUCAUAUUGGAGACCCCUCCUUCUAUGUCCCGUCAAAUGACUUACCAUCAUCCUUACCACCCCGAACCAUGGACCACCGAGUCUCCUAUUUUGCUGCUGUUGUCACGCUUUUCCCAUGCCAGCGAUCCAAGUGCUGCUCUGGUCACUUCGGGCACCAUGUCCGGUCUGCUCUACUACCUUACCCAGCACCAGGACCCCAGCAGCAGGUGCUUCCGUAUGCUCAGCAGGCUGAGCUGCAACCCAAACUGUCUGCAGGCGCUGGUCCGAACGGGCACAGUGGCAUUGAUUCAACACCGUCUCUGCCAGAGAGUGGGUUGGCGCAAGGGCGAGGACAGGCAGACAGACGGAGUCAAAGCCAAACUUAAACAACUAGGUGUUUCUCUUCUCAACAAUCUGCGAGUCCAGUGUGAGUCUGGAUUCGGCUCUGGGGUUCUGACCCGGGUGAUGAUGUCUGGCUCAGAACUGGACAAGUUGAACUGUGCACUGUCUUUGCCGUUAAUCAGCAGCAACAGGGCUCUGCUAAAGAAACUCCUCUUGGACAGUGGAGGUCUACUUUUAGCACUGCAGCCGCUAACUUAUUGUAGUGAGGAACUUGAUGUGGGUGGAGAAAGCCCGGCUGGAUGUAGACGACUGCUCUGCGACUUGUUGAAUUCACCUCACACAGGUCAGAGCUCUGAGGUUCACUCACUGUACUUCUCUCUUCUGAGUGGAUGUCUGUCCACUCUCAUAUGUUCCUUUAAAACUGAGCUUCAACAAAAGCACACAGGUGCUGCUGUUACAGGUGCUGUCAGUCAAACAGACAAAACUUUACCUCCUCCCUCAAAGAGACCUCGUUUAGCUGACAAAUGUCCCUACGACCUUUCGCAUUACGACCUGCUCUUGCUGUUGGAUGAUGGGACUCGUGUCCCGGCCAAUAGGGAGGCUGUGGCUGGUGAAGAGGCAACAGACAGAAUUGGCUCAGAAUACUUCCGUGCCCUAUUAAGAGGUGGAUUUGGAGAAGCUCAGUGUAAAUCAAAAGAUGGCAUUCCUAUCAAAGACGUUAGCCAGGGAAUGUUAGUACCUGUCUUGCAUUAUCUACAUGGCUGUCGCCUCAGCAAGGACAGAGAAUCAACAAGAAGAAACGAUCAAGGAAAGAUGGGAGCAUCGUGUCAGAUUUUGGACUCACUGGUCCUCGAAGGUCUGAGUACUUGCAGUAAAGAUGCAGAAGAGGAUUUGAGAGAUGACUUCACUUUCCAGAAAAGCCCUCUGGUCCAGGUAAUGAUUGGUGCCUGUCGGUUUUUGGUUAGUGAGCUGAAGCAGGAGCUGGAAGAUCUGUGUGUUUCUCUGGUCCUGUCUUCUUUAACCAGGGCUGCUAAAAAACCAGCAGCAUCUGAAAAGGAAACAGCUGAUAAAGCUGCACCUAAAACAGACCCAGAGUGUCUCCAGUCUGCUGAGGAGGACCUGGCUAACCGGACAUCAGAACUGGAGCUGACUGGUUUCGAGAUUCUCACAGACAGUUUUCUCAGUCCCAAACCAAACGGUUCACCACAGCAAACGCACAACAAGAAACCCAAUGUCAAUACGGUCGACAAGGGAAGCUGUCCAGUCAAACACGUCACGUCCAUUUCCAAAGUGCGUCGCAUUUCAUUCGUGGACAAAUCAAUCACUGCAAAUGGGGCAAGGUUAAAACCAAAGAACCCGGUCAAAGGGUCACCGAGGCCUCUGAAAUCAACAGCUCAGGACGAUCACUUCACCUCAGGAGGAGGUGCAGCUGGUGGAGCUCUGGCUGCUCUCCUUACACAGUUGUACUGGUUUUCCCAGUGUUAUAGCUAUCCAACCCUGGGUCAGACCUGCCUCUCCCUGCUGCUGGGUUGUCAAGACUGUCCACAGCCUUUCCCGUACUCCCUUGUUGGGGAUUGCUUUCGCACACUUGCCGCAAAGGCCGACUGUGUUGAGGCUCUGAAACAGGAUCUCAUGGUUCUGGUCACAACAGCGUUGGGUUGAGUUAGAGUGAGACUAGAAAGUUGGGAAUAUGGUUUACUGUUUCAUUUUUGUUUUUGUUUUGGGAUAGCAGCUCUCCACACUGAUCUCCUGCACUGGUUUAGCAUGGACAGCCUUAGGUGAGGCAUUAUAUUCAGUGUAAUGACUGUUUUUUUUUAUUCUUUGCUUUUGUGGAUUCCUUUGGAAAAUAUUUUGCUCAUUAGGAAGAAAUCAUCUACUCAAAGCGCUGUGUGCUUCACAUGGUCUGUGGAGGAGCCAAACGAUCAUAUCAUACACCAUAAAGUUCCCUGUUAUUAAUUAGCGUCCACGUAAUUUCUUUAGUGCCAUGUGAUUCAUCCUGCUCCAGUCAUACUGCUGGCAAAAUGAGCCUUAAGAAGGUGCAAUUUAAAAAAGAAUUUAAAUCAAGCCAAUUUUUUUUUUCUAUUCAUGUACUUGUUUAUUAUUAUUGCCAAAAUGUUCUAUAUCUUUUUUUUUUAAUUGAUAUCAGUGAACGGAUUUGGUUCUUAGACUGGAUGCAGGCAUAAUUGAAGUGGAUGCCAUUCCUUUAAUGAAAUUAUGAUAAUCCUAAAUGCAAGUCAUAAUCACAGUACUGUAAUCCAAAAAACAUUUUUGUUCUUCAGCAAUGGAAAAAAACACGUUGUUUUUUUUCUAGUUCAAAUGUAAAUACAUACAUAGAAAUUGUAUCCUGUCCCAGCAUGAAGUAUUUUGUUUUUGUUGACUGCUAUUGAAUUUACUUCUAAUGACAUUUGUUAUCAUUUUUAUUUUAUUUUUGGACAAAGUGUAAUCACAUGACUAAUUUCAUUAAUGUCAUUUUUGCUUAAAGUGCUGGAGUAAUCAGGAAUCAAGGAGCCUGUUGUUUAUUUUGUAAAUAUAGAUCAUAUAAAAAAAAGGCCUUGUAAAGAUUUGACUUUCCACAUAAUGAACCUAUGACAGUGAAUACAUUAUUGGAAAAUCA